GUUCAGCCGGGUUGUCCGCAGUCUCUGCACCUGGCCGAGAUGGUGAUGGUAUUGCUUCUGCUUUUGUUAAUGAUUAUUUCUUCUGUCGCUAGAUCUAGCAUUGAUAUUUCAUUGACAAGUGGUAAACCUUGUGUAGGAGCUGUUGCCACUUGGACUUGUGUCGUUGAUGGUGGUACUGGCAUAGGAUCAUUAGGAUGGCGUAAUCUUGGGAGAAGUGAGUUACCUGCUGAAGUUAAUGGUCCUCUAGUUGCUUUCGGAUCUCCGAGUCCAUUCAGUGCAAAAGCCACUUGUGUUGCUGGAAGUGUUAUUACAUCAAUAGCAGUUGCUAACCUAACCAAUGCUAGUGCCGUAAACGGAUCAACACUUGAAUGUUCUAAUGGUGGCUUUGGCUCUCUCAACACCACUAUAUCAAAUAUAACAUUAUACUUUCAAGAUUCAUCACCUGUUCAGCUCAUUCUUAUGAAGCUUAUAGGAAGCUCUUUAUCAGAAUUUGUUAUUCAUAUCUGUUGGCCAAAUGCUGUAUGUGCUCCUUCUUAUCAAUUGAAUAUUACAAGAGAUGAUCAACCUCUGUAUGACAAUAUAACUGAAGACAUAUGCUAUGAGUACAAUGUUUCUGACAUUGGUACUUACACAAUUAGUGUGAGCAGCAUUGACUACUUUGGAAUGAUGGUAGGUAAACCUGCAACAACUAAAGUUCAUAUUAGACCACCUGAUAUCAUCAGAGUCAGUUCUAGUUUUAAUUAUACCUCAAGUACUAUUUCAAUUAUAAUUCAGGAUUCCGUUGAAGAUCAGCUUUCUAUUACAUCAUGUAAUAUUAGUCUAAUGUCAGAUGACGAAUCAUAUAAUGAUGAUCAAGACUGUACCCAAAUGAGAGUGUUUGAAUAUAGUGGUACUGGUAUUACUUGUGGACGAAGUUAUACAUACAUUGUUAAUAUUAGUAAUGUUGUUAAUUCAACAAUUAAAUCUGGUCCAAUAAAUCUUGUAUGCAUAGAACCAUCAGUGACAACAAUAAUGGAAACUAUCUCAUUUUGUAGUAUGACAUCAUCUCCUAGUGAAACAGCAAUGCGUCUGUGUAGUGUAACACCAUCUCCUAUUAACACCAUCUCCUAUUAACACCAUCUCCUAGUGAAACAGCAAUGCGUCUUCCACUACCUCUUUGGGCUUUUAUUGUUAUAAUGAUUGGUACUGCAAUAGCAACUGAAUGUGUGUGUAUAAUAGAUACAGUAGAUAUGUACAUACAUUAAUGUAUCAUUAACUAACCACUGAUGGACCCUAUAUCUGUUGAUUGUGGUAAUAUUGUUGUAGUAAUACAUGGACCUAAUUAAAGAAUAUACUGUAA